AUGGGUGGCGGCAACGGAGCCAAAGCUGCGCAGAAACGUGAGCGAGCCGCGAAGGAUGCGAAGAAGGACCCCCAAAGUCAAUUGAAAUCGAAUGCAAAGGCACAAAGUAUCAAGUGCAAGGUUUGCUUCGCCACCUUCCAGAGCACCUCGGCGCGGAAGGGUCUCGAAGAUCACGCAUCCAACAAACACAGCAAGAAGUACGAGGAAUGCUUCGCCUGA